UGUCUAAUGUUACUAAAUCAAAAAGACCUCGUUGUAAUUCCGAAAUUCGUCGUGACAAAGUCCGAAAUAGAAUUUGUAUUGGAGAUGCUUUUGAACGAUGGAGACGGCUGAAAACGGAGAAGAAUUUGAACACAGACACCAACGUUGCUAAUUUUCUCCUGGACAGCUAUUAUGGCCCCAGCACCUAAACACCCAGUAAGAGAAACUUGAAGAAGCACCACCUGACUGCACCAUCACUUUCCAGUAUUGUAUGUGCAUCAUCUGAAACACUUUCAAAUCGAGAGGACCUGUCGCCUAUUGAGGAAAGACUGGAGGAUGAUGAGCACACCAUGGAUGCCUCUGAGGUUCUGGAGGAAAGUCUACAGAACAUGAGCAUCCAGGAUGCUGAAACCCAGGUCAUGAAUGAGCAGGAGAUAAAUGAUCUAAUGAACAGUGUAAUUGAUUGGGGGGACAGUGAAGGUGUUAGUAAUGAGGAGAUUGAAGCAGAUGACAGUGAAGAUGAGGACUAUGUCACUCGUAUUUGUAUUCGGUUGGGUGGAGCAUUGCAGGCACCACCAUGCAUUGACAAUCUGCCUGUGAUAGAUGCCACUGAGACAGUACAUGACAUCCCGGAUGUAGAGCCUCCAUCAGUCACCUUACCUACACUUCAACAACCUGGCUUUCCUGAUACACUGGAGGUCAUGACUGAAGAUGACCUAAUCGGGAAACGGGCCUCCAUCACUUAUGAGGACUGUUUGAGGCAGCUUGCAACAUUACUUGUGCUUCCGGUCCAAAAGUGCACAUGUCAUACACAUGUGACGUCAGCAAAGUGGAGUGUCAGUGUCGCCCUCCAUUUGAAGUUUCCAUUACGCGCAGGGGUACUGCAAGCAUCAUGGAAUGGACCUGCCUUGUUGGCCACACUGUAUGGAGAUGGAGCUCACAGCCCACUUUGAGGUACGGAAUGCUAGCAGGGGACUUCAUGUUGGCAAGAAACAUACCAAUCUCCGGAAGCAACUACGCCAAAGUCUCGCUUCUGUUCCAGUUUAUGAACAUGGGGAUGGUGGACCGUAGUAAAUUUUUCACAAUUCAGGACACAUACGGUGUAGACACUGUGAAGGAGUUUUGGGAGGAGAGGAGGGCUGAGGCAAUAAAUCGCCUAAAAGACAGAGAUGUGGUAAUAGUAGCGGAGGGAAGAAUGGACAGUCCUGGACAUUGCGCCCAGUACUGUACAUACACUUCCAUGGAGAAAGAAUCCAGGGAAAUCAUCUCUGUCAUCACUGUGGACAAAAGGGAGACUGGGCGAAAUUCUGUGAUCAUGGAGAGAGAGGCAUUUGUGCGGACAGUCGACACUCUUUUGAAUGAAGUGAAACUAGUAGAGGUCUGCACUGAUGCUCAUGUCCAGAUCUCCGCACUAAUGAACAAAGGAAAGUACAAAGACCUUGGGCUGCAGCACAGCUUGGAUAUGUGGCAUGGGGCCAAGAAUCUGGCAAAAAGGAUCCAUGCUGCUUCACAGGUCAAGGGUCAGUCCAGUUUGAGCAGUUGGCUAAAAGACAUUGUCAACCACUUUUGGUGGUGCUGCAAAACAGCAGAUUCUUACCAAGAGUUCCUUUAGCUAACCAGACAUAUGCUAUACACUCAGAAGACAUCCAAUACGUAUGGCUACAUCCCAGAACUCCAAGCUAUGAUCCUUCAAAAGAGAUUAGCUGGUAAGGGGAUGCCUAGACGGAGGACACUACGACCUGAUGA